GUGGGUGGUCUCGGCGUACGCGAUUUGCGUAGCGAAAGACCCGGCCGAGGCAGAGACUUUGCGGAGAAAAGUGUGUAAGCGGGGCGGCGAUCCACGCAGUUGGAGUAUAGAGGCGGCCGGGCGGUGGAGAGAGACGGCCGAGCUGCGCGCAGCCGUUCUCCCCACGCACCAUGGAUAGGAUGAAGGAGAACCGUUCCGGUCACCCCAGUCACACUACAAAGGUUGCUAAUCCCAUUGGGGAUGGCCCGAAACGUGUCCCUGUGUCUCAGCAUUCUGCCCACAGCCGGUUACAGAACAGUGGAGUUCAAGCGCAACAUGUUCUGUGUCAGUCAAACUUUGCCCAGCGAGUUCCUGUGCAAUCGCAAAAACCUGUACUGUCAAACCAAAAACUGUCUAAUAACCAGACAACACAGCGGCCCCGACCAGUAUUUCUAAUCCAAGCCAAUGCUAGGGCUCAAGGCAAGAGCAACGAAAAACCUCAACAGGCUCCAGUACCUGCAAAAAAUUCUGAACCAGAAAGUUCCUCUAAACAGAAAAAUGAAGAGACGGCUAAAAAGAAAAAUGAAGAGGCUACAAAGAAAAAUGAAGAGACUAAAAAAAGGCAAUGGACCCUUGAUGAUUUUGAAAUUGGUCGUCCUCUGGGGAAAGGAAAAUUUGGAAAUGUGUAUUUGGCACGUGAAAAGCAGAGUAAAUUUAUUCUUGCAUUGAAAGUGCUCUUUAAAACACAACUUGAGGAAGCUGGUGUAGAACAUCAGCUACGAAGAGAAGUUGAAAUACAGUCUCAUCUUAGGCACCCCAACAUUCUCCGAUUAUAUGGCUACUUCCAUGAUGUUGCAAGGGUCUACCUUAUCCUAGAGUAUGCACCUCGUGGAGAAGUCUACAAAGAACUUCAGAAGCUUGGCAAGUUUGACGAGCAAAGAACUGCUACUUACAUCACAGAACUAGCAGAUGCCCUUUUGUACUGUCAUUCAAAGAAUGUGAUUCACCGAGAUGUCAAGCCAGAGAACUUGCUGCUUAGCUCAAAUGGAGAAUUAAAAAUUGCUGACUUUGGAUGGUCUGUGCAUGCUCCAUCUUCUAGGAGAACAACUCUCUGUGGGACACUUGACUACCUGCCUCCUGAAAUGAUAGAGGGAAGAACACAUGAUGAAAAGGUGGAUAUUUGGAGCCUGGGAGUUCUAUGCUAUGAAUUCCUUGUAGGGAAACCACCUUUUGAAGCGGAAACCUAUCAGGAAACCUACAGAGCCAUUUCCAGGGUUGAAUUCAGGUUUCCUCCAUUUGUAACAGAAGGUGCAAGGGAUUUAAUUUCAAAGCUUCUGAAACAUAACCCAUUCCAUCGACUGCCCCUGAAGGAUGUACUACUUCAUCCUUGGAUUACAGCAAACUCUACAAAGACACUCACCAGCAGAACGAGUGAUGUUGCUGCCCCAUCCAGAACACAGUCUUAGCAGGGAUAACCUCAUGGGAUCAACAAGAGGAGUCUUGUACUGUGACUACUGUAAUGCUUACAAUAGGAAAAGCAGGUCUUGGAAUCCAGUGGCAAUUGGAAUAUGAAUCCUUGGUUGGCCAUUGUCUUAAUUUUACAUUGCAGUUACACUAUUAGUGACAGGUUGUGGAAUACCUAAUACACUUGAAAUCCAGUUACAUGUGGGCCGGGUUUGUUGAUGUAAGUAUUAAGCUGUUCAGGGCUCUUAUGAUGUGGUCUGUCCUGGUAAUGGCUCAUUGUUCCAACAAAGAGGAAGUUCUAGCUUAUUGAACAGUGCAAUAUCCUGGAGAUACCUGCCUCCCGACUUACUCGGUGGCUAAAGGUAUCGUACCUGUGGUGUAAUCUGAAAGAGGUGAAUGCGUUUCUUUUAAGUGUCCUAAAAAUGAUGUGUUAUUUGUUUUUAUUUUGUCUUAAGUGAGCACUCAACUUUUUAAAUAAAGUCUUUGUUAUGUACUGCCACCAGCAUGGUAAGGUGCUUUGUUUAUCGCUUCUGGCUGUCUUCUAACCGCUUGUCUUUACCAUCAGUACAGCGUGACUCCUCUUUUCUAAUCAUAAAAUAAGUUUAUUUUCCAUCUCUGUCAGAAAGGAAGCUGGCAUAAAGUUCUUGGUCAAACUGCUGGUACCACAAAGUUGGUGCGGUUGCUUUAUUCUACAAUUACAUCACAGGGUUACAAGGUAAGUACAAGUGUGUUGCUCCCUGCCUUGUGAGUUUUCUGUGAUUACUGAAAUCUGGGACUGCUGCUGCUUUUUGUCUUUUACUGCAGCUUAUUCAAAGACAACAUGCUCUGACAGCGCUUCUAAGAAAGGCCUGGAGAACAUUGUUAUCAAAGAGGAUAUUAAGAGGAACUAACGUUAACAUCUGUUGUAAGACUUUAUUCCCAAAAGGUAUCAAGGGUCAGGCCUUUUGCCAUCAAAACAUGUGAGCUGACUAUUUUCCAGUAAAACACUUCAAGCAAAUUAAGAUAAAACAAUUUAUUGUAUUUUCAUUAUAAGACUAAGGUCAUCUUCACUAUUUUACAAAACAUUUCAAAACCCCAUCCUUUUACAAGCAAGGAUUCUAGAAUUCAAAAUACAUUCUCAAGUUACUUUAAAAUAUACUUUGCAAAAAAACUUCAUCUGAACAAAUUGCCAGUAGUUUAUACAACCAUAUUUCUUUUUAAUAGGUAAUCUAAAUUCUCGUCAUAAUUUAAAUGAAGCUCUUUCCUGCAAGAAAGUCUCUGUAGUUAGUGCUGGUGACUCAUAGGUGCAUUUGUCUUAAACAAUUCCUCCUUUACAGAAUGUUUGUUUUUUAAUGUUUUGAGAAAGGAAAAGCUUUGAAUAUUCCUUUCCUAGCAGCUUUAGGAGAAAACAUAGUUAUCAGAAAUGACUGAUUAAAUGAAGAAAACAAAGAUGCCUUGUGAUUAUUCUGGAAUUUUGUUAUCCUUGGUAGCAGAACAUUGCCCUAAACUGAUAUAAAGAGAGAAGGCAUAUAGUAAAAAACCCUAAAAGGCUUCUGUGAACACGGAAAGAAAGAAAAGCCCAAGUAAGACUUAAUUUUAUAAUAUCCUGAUUGCCAACUUGAAGCUAGUGCCCUGGAUGGGCUGCUAGUUUUGGCAGCCACACUGCAAAAUGGGCUUGAAAUAGGAAAAAAAUCCAGUCAAUUUUUAAUAAGCAGUUAGUCAAAAUGAACUCACCAGCAGGGUGGAUAUGUGAAGCAGCAGAGCAUUGGCUUGCCAUGUGAUAAGCUAAGCAGCUGUGCAUGACAAGCUCUAUUAGUGGCAAAGCUUAGAGGUCUCAUGGAAGCAGACAUGCUGCAAUGCCUGGACUCUUAAGUAUGUUCUGUUCCCAAGUUAAACACUGCUCAAAAUCGCAUCCUAUGUUGUGUA